AUGCCGCUUCGCAGUAUGUAUGGUCUUAUAACGUUGUUCAAGAACCUUGUACACCGAGGAGCCCUCAUAUCAAGAAAUCAUAGCACUUUAGAGCAAGCGGCGAACACAAAGCUCGCCAUGUCAAAACAGUACCUUGGCCUCGAUGUUGCUCCUGCAGACACUGCCUUCGGACUCAUGGCCAACUUUGCGGCCGAUGACCACCCGAAGAAAGUUUCGUUGCUUGCUGGAGCGUAUCGUGAUGAGCAAGGUAAUCCUUGGGUCCUCCCAAGUGUGCGAGAGGCAAAGAAACGUCUCAGUGAAGCCACCCAUGAAUACCUGGGUAUAGCCGGGUCACCAGACUUUGUGAAACUAGCCAAAGAGCUCGUUUUCGGACCUAUCUCAUCCAAACUUCAAGGAAACACGGCAUCAAUCCAAACAGUCUCCGGGACAGGCGCAAACCAUGUCGCUGCCACGUUCCUAGCAAAGCACCUCCGGCCAAGCCAGGUCUUGAUCCCAUCUCCGACAUGGAUCAAUCACAAAUCCAUCUGGCAGAUGGCUGGUGUUCCAAUCGUCGAGUAUCCCUACUACUCCUCCUCGACGAAAGAAAUAGACAUGGAUGGCAUGCUGCACUCCCUCGAGCAAGCCAAGCCAAAUGAUGUCGUUAUCGUGCAAGCGUGCGCACAUAAUCCUACGGGUGUGGAUCUCUCUCCAGCCCAGUGGAAGCAGGUCGCCGAGCUGGUGCAGCGGAAGAAACUGUUCACCGUCUUCGAUAGUGCGUACCAGGGCUUUGCGACAGGCGAUGUCGACGGUGAUGCAUGGGCUGUCCGUCACUUUGCCGAAGCAGUGCUUGCAUCCGAGACACAUCCGGGCUUUUGUGUCGCACAGUCCUUCUCCAAGAACUUUGGGCUGUACGGUGAGCGAGUAGGUGCCUUGCAUCUGGUUGUACCGCAGUCUUUGUCCGCGGAAGGCGCACAAUCUGAGUUGUCGUUGAUUGCACGAGCGGAAUACUCCAAUCCGCCCCGAUAUGGGGCGAGUAUUGUUGAGGCUGUUCUGGGUGAUCAGGCUCUGAGAUUGCAGUGGAAGGCGGACUUGGAUACGAUGAGUUCACGUAUUCACCGGAUGAGAAAUAUGUUGAGACAGAAGCUGGAGGAUGAGACAGGACAGGAUUGGUCGCAUGUUGGAAAGCAGAUUGGCAUGUUCAGCUAUACGGGAUUGACCGCGAUGCACGUCGUCCGGCUGCGCGAGGAGUAUCAUAUUUAUCUCUUGCCCUCUGGUCGGGUGAGUAUCUGCGGACUCAAUGAGAGCAAUAUUGAUUAUGUGGCACAGGCCAUUGGCCAAGUGUUGCGGGAAUCGUGA